AUGGUCUAUGUGGACACGGGAAGUUCAGUGGACAUCAUUUAUGAGCACUGUUUUCGGCUCCUCCCAGAUCGUUGUAAGGAAUACCUGCAGCCCACGACAGGGAGGCUGGUCGGGUUCACCGGCCAUAGCCUAUGGCCGCUGGGUACAAUUCACCUUCCCUUGACCAUAACCAGCCAUGAUAAGCAGCAAAAGAAAACUGCCCUGAUUGACUUUGUGGUCAUUCGGCAUGCGGCGGAACAAGAUAUUAUUCUAGGGAGAACAACUCUAUUAAAGCUAGGGGCGGUUCCAUCAACCAUGCAUGGAGUCAUGAAGUUCGACACUCCAACGGGCGCAGCCACAGUAUUGGCCACUCCACCGAGAGAAUUGCAAUGCUUUGCAAUUAUGAAACCAUCAGAGAUAACUAAAGAGGCCAAGAAGUUGAGACGCGACCCCACAAAGGGAAAGGAGGUGAUCAACAAGGAACACCCUGACCAGCCGGUCAGUAUUGGAGGUGACCUCCCAAUUCACGUGAGAAGAGCUUUGGUCGACCUGCUCAAGCGGUAUAAACACGUGUUUUCAUGGACCCCCAUGGACAUGGUGGGGGUAGAAAGGAAAUUCAUUGAGCACAAGCUUGUAAUUAAACUAGGAGUAAAGGAGGUUAAGCAAAAGAAACCGUAA